AUGGAUCUCGAUAUCGAGAUGGACGACGCCGUCGACACGGCCCCCGACGCGCCCGUUGCCGAUCUCGGUCGCGAUGACAUCCUGCAGCCCGACGAACCAGAAGAGCCUGGUGAAGUCGCCGACGACGAGCCCGCCACGGACGACUCCAAGAUCCUGAUCCCCAACAAGAUUCACAUCCGGGGCGUCGACACACUGCACACCUCGGACAUCAAGGCCUACGUCAAGGCCCAUUUCGGCGACGUCGAUAGGAUCGAAUGGAUCGACGACUCGUCUGCCAACCUCCUCUUCCCCUCCGAGCCCACGGCGCGCGACGCCAUUGUCGCGCUGAGCUCCGUCCCCGUGGCCGACGCGACCGCCCUGGCAAUUGGCGAAUCCCUCCCCGCGAAGCCCUUUGAGGGCAAGCCAGAGAUUUCUCUCCAAGUUCGCUUCGCUGUCGCGAGCGACAGGAAGCAGGCCGGCGCCGCCCUCCGAAGUCGGUACUACCUCCUCCACCCGGAGCACGACCCCGAAGAGCGGCGCAGACGCAACCAGGAGAACCGCUCCAGGUAUAGAGAUCGCGAUGGUGAUUAUCACAGGAACGGUGGCGGUAGACGGCGACGAAACUCGGACGACGAGGUAGAGACUUAUGAAGCUAGCAUGUACGACGACGCGCCCCGUCCGGAACGGAGAAGGCGCGAUUCGGACUUGAUAGAUGAACGACCGCGCUCAUACGCCCGUGAGAACCGAGGAAAGGAGCUCUUUUCCGGCCGGAGGUCACAGCGAGAUCGGUCUGCUUCGCCGGUUCGCGACGGUGACGGUGAUGACCUCAUGGGCGAGCGAGCCAGUUCUUCCGGCAACAGAAACAGGGCGCGCGCGCUCAAGGAUCGCGGAUCAGCAGACAACAGCGCCAAGGAGCUGUUCCCGGUCAAAUCGUCCAUUAAACAGUUUGGCGGAGGCAACCUGGACCACCUCGAGGCAGCCAUAGGAUCGGCGGGCCUGAGAGAAGAGGAUCGCCCCAAGAUCGUUUCAGUGCCGACCACAAAGCCCAGGGGCAGCAGCGCGUUUAAUAUACGCGGCAUGGCGAACCAGCAAGGCAGCGGCGAGGGCUUCUCCAUCAAGGGAGCCGCGGGGGCUAACGCUCGAGAACUGUUCCCCUCCAAGCUGGGCGGGAGCAACGCGGGCAAGGAGCUGUUUGGCGGUGGGAGGUCCAAGCAGCGGCAGAAGGCCGAGGACCUCUUCUCCUAG